UGCAGGAUAGUCAAAGUCAAAGCGCUGGAGAAAAACAUUUUCAUCACCUUAAUCAAUAUGCAUUUAUCUUUCACACAGCGACUUAAGUAAAGGGAUUAGAUAAUAAUAUAGGAUUAAAUAGACAACAGUAAGAGGUGUUGCAUGGUAAAGAAGAUGGUAAGUCGGUGAAUUGGUGUUUACGGAAGUAUCGAUCCGAUAGGGGUUUGUUAACAGAGACAAAGUAAAAGUCAACUGUACUUACGUAAGAUCAAAUAGGAAUAGGAAUAAGAAGUUGCGUGCUGUUGUGUUUUGUGUUGUGUUUGGUUGGAUUGUAUCUAUCAUCAGAAGAAGAAAAUGGAGGGAACAGGGUCAGGAUCAGGUUCGUCAGGUCCGGCAGCUCCGGCAGGUCCAGCACCGUUCCUACUGAAAACAUACGAGAUGGUGGAUGAUUCAUCGACGGAGGAAAUAGUAUCGUGGAGUUCCAACAACAACACCUUCAUCGUUUGGAACCCUGCUGAAUUUUCUCGCCUUCUUCUUCCCACCUUUUUCAAACACAACAACUUCUCCAGCUUCAUCCGUCAGCUUAACACCUAUGGAUUUAGAAAAGUACACCCUGAGCGAUGGGAGUUUGCUAAUGAAGAUUUUGUGAAAGAUCAAAAGCAUCUUCUAAAGAAUAUUCACCGCAGGAAACCUAUCCACAGUCACUCACUCACACAACCCCUCGUGGAUUCGGAAAGGUCCGCAUUUGAGGAACAGAUAGACAAACUUUCACGUGACAAGGCCACCAUUCAAUCCAAUAUUUUCCGCUUCAAACAACACCACUCCGCUGCCAAGACUUAUCUUGAAGAUCUGUGUCUGCGAUUGGAUGGCAUGGAGGAGAGGCAGCAAAAUUUGCUCACCUUCUUUCAAAACGCUCUUCACAAUCCUACUCUUCUUCAACAGAUCACUCGCAAAAUCGAGUCCAUGGAUUUGCUCGCUUAUAACAAGAAAAGGCGAUUACCUCCUCGGCUUGAUGACCGUGACCACGUUGCUGGAAACACCUUAGCUGAAUGUUUUGGAACGGAAUUUGGAAAUGUUUCUCAUCAUGAAUUCUCCGAUAAACUCACACUGGAACUGUCACCUGCUGUUUCAGAAAUGAACUUGGUAGUGUCAUGUAGUACACAGAGUUCAAAUGAAGAAGGAGAAAGCCCACAUAAUAUGAUGCUACCUGAGAUAGCAGAGAUUGCACAGACCGGAGAGUCUCUUAAUUUCGAGAUGCAUUCCUGUUUAUCACGAACCGCCACAGCUUCCGAGAGCCCCAAAUUGGACUCAAAUAAUGAAGAUGGUGACAGUUAUAUAUCCUGUCUUUUGAAUCUAUCUCUGGCAUCUUCUCCACUACAAGCCAAGAGAAACACAUUCCCAGAUAGAUCCACAUUCCCAGAAUUUGGCAAAUUGGAUGGAUCAAAAUUUUGUGCCGAUGAUAUUAAAGAAUAUGACGCUGGAGCCUCUUCAAGCAGAAGUCUAAACGAGGUCACUAAUUUAGCCGAGGCUACCCCAACUGCUCCAGUUAGAGUAAAUGAUGUCUUCUGGGAACAGUUCCUUACUGAAAGGCCAGGUUGUUCUGACACUGAAGGCUCAAUGUCCACCCACAACGUAAAUGCUUAUGUUGCUGAUCAAGAUGAAGGGCGAUCCGUUCAUAGAAUCUCUGGAAAUGUUAUGGACAUGGAUCAGCUCACACUCUGACCAUAUUGUGCUGGAUCCUUAAUACUAGUUUUGAUAUUGAGUGUUAUGUAACAGAGUACCAUCCCUUCCGAAUAUAGAAGGAUCAAUUCAUUUCGUCUUUAUAGCAAUUACAUCCAACUGGCUCAUACAAUUUCUUUCUCCACGUCAUAAAGUUGGAUGAUAUUGCUUGUGACUAUUGUCAGAAUAUGAAAGAUGUAUACUUGUCAAAAUAAGCUUCUAUGGCAUUAUAUUAUCCAGUUUUUGCCUGAAUCUGUUAGUCGUUGUUGGUUGUUUUAAAUGGUAACAUCUCUGUAAAAUAGCUUAUACGGCGGUCAUAUUUUUCACUGGAUGGUAGUAAAAGUUUGCCUAAAAUGAUAGAAUCUGGACAGAAGUUGGAAAGAUGUUGAGCAGGUUCUAAACAUUAUUCAGAAACAAUUAAAUAUUGGGUGUGCUAUGUCUGGUCACUUGUGGGAUUUUCAUGGGACCCUUGUCCAACUGUAUUUGUAAGAACCGAAGAUGAUCCAUGUGGCGUUGUUGUGUGAAUGUGAAAUGUAGAAAGGCUAAAAGGCUUAGUUUGAAAACUUUGACUUGGCUGAUUACAUUUGAAAUGAAUAGUAGAAUCUGUAAACGUGAAUCUUGGU